CUGAUACAACAUGUCUUUGGGCUUAUGAUACAAAUGUGGAACACUUAUUGCAUCAAAAUAUUCUACCAUCCAACAGAGAACUCCACAUAUUAUGUCGUAAUCUCGGAAGACGGUCACAAAAAUUUUCUAAUAUUUGUGGCAUGAUUUGUAAGCAAGUCAUGAAUACAGCAGAAGAUAUAGUUGAUGUCUGGGCAUCUUACUGCAUAGAGGAUCAUCAUUCUGAUGACACAGUGUCAAUUGUUUUCGUUGUUAUUAGGACGGAUACAUCGAAAAACAUUCAUCUAAAAGAUUAUAAAUAUCAUUUGGUUUCUCAAAACACAUUUAGCAAUGAAAGCGAAAUCUUACUUGCUAGGGAAUUGUCAGAUGAAACACAUGAUAUAUCCAGUAAACGUGAUACUCUUGAAGAAUUGAGAAAAUGUAUAGCCCGCCACGCUGAUGAUCUUCUAGAAAGGCAUAGUAAUAUUCACGUUAUCAUACCAAGUUUAAACAAGUCAAAGGGAUAUUAUUCAGCCAAUCAUAGCAUUGUCGAUGAACCAUGCAUUGCAUUCUAUGUUCCUGUAAAAGGAUAUAUACCAAUAAAUGAGGACCCGUUUCCACAAAAAAUUGACGGAUUUGAAGUAGAUGUUCUAGAAGGUAAAUUUGAAACAUACAAUGGUGGACCAAACGAGUUUCACGUACACCUGAAGAUGGGGCUGGCUAUCCAUGCAAACAUUCUUGAUGAUAAUAAACAUUUACUUGGUGGGACACUUGGUGGAUUCAUCGACCAUCCGAAGUACAAGAUGUGUGGAAUAACAUGUGCUCACGUCGUUUGUUCCAGUGAAGAAAUGAGCUCUGUGGAGUCAUGUGGUAUCAAAACUGAUUUUGAUAAACAUGUGUUUCAGCCAGUGAACCACGAAUCCAAAUCGUUUGGUAGAGUUGAAAUGGCUGUUUACGAGCGAGGUGAUGAAUCUUCAUCAGGGGUGGAAGCUGCUCUUUUUAAUAUAGAGAAAAGACAUCCAAAAGAUGGCAGUUUUCCGAUGGCUUUCAAUGACAUAGAAGCAGGUUUUACUGACAAGAAACCGCUUACUUACAAUUCAGGAAACGUCUGUGAAUCAUCGGACAUACACCUAAGAACUGAAGUGUACAAAUAUGGUAUGGCGACUGGUAUUACUAGAGGGAGCUUUGCUUUGCAAGGUGCAGUUGUUCGCAAAGAAAAAAUGGAAGUAAAUGGACAUCAUUUUGGAUACAGUCUGAAAAAUCAGUUAGUAGUUCUUCAAAUAGGAUCGGAGCCUUUUGCAGAAGCAGGAGACUCGGGGGCAUUGGUGAUGAUAGAAGACGAUCAUCAUGAUUCUGUCGCUAUCGGCAUUGUUGAAGGUGGUAUUAAGGGCAGAGUGUUUGUGACGCCUAUCUGUGAUAUUCUAAGAGCUUUCCGUUGUUCAGACCUAAAGAUGUACAAGUUCAACAACUUAAAAAAUGGCUGUCUGUCAACUGACUGGGUAGAUGUUGAUGUUUCCGAAGUGAUGGAUUUCAAUAAUUAGUAAAAUGAAGAAAUAAAGAAACUACAGACUUAACAAAAUAUGUUAUCAAACGCUUAAUAUCUCUGAGCAACUUCUGAGAUGAACUACAGGCACUUUUGCAAACUUCUGGAGUAGAUAAAGAAGUCAUACUUGAACAAGUCUAAAAAUAACUCUAACGUUUAUAUUCAUCAACCUCUUUAACUAUCAAAAUGAGGCAAACACAUUUUUUAUUCCAGAAUCUUUGCCUAGUCUGUGUUUCGUUAUAUUUUCUUUUUCAUACAUAGAAGCACAUUAUGAUCUAUACUGCACAAAAUAUCAAAUCGCAUUUCACAAUAGCUCCGUUAUAGAUUAAAACUAUCUCGCUACAUCAGUGGAAAACACAAAGUAAUAUUACAACACAAUUAUUACAAUACCUUGUCAACAAGUUACAUAGAAGUGGUGAUGCAAUAAAGAUUCGACGACCUGCUUGAUAAUCUACGGUUGUUGGAUGUUAAGCGCAUGUCGAAAUCCAUUUUGAUGCAGUGAUAUACCACCAUUAAUAGUCGAAAAUGCAUUGAUAUCAGUAUACGAAUACCUUACACGAUAGUUUCCUCUACUGAAUAAAAAUACUUGUUAUUAAUAUUACACUUGCUUUUCUAUAAUCUAUCAACAAAUAAUAGCAGACUAUGUCAUUUUUUAGCAAAGAAAAACUGUUUUGGAGUUAUCUGAUACAAGUGAAAUAUCCAGUGCUUGCGAAAUACUGGAAAAGAGGAGGACGUGUAUAGCCAAACUUCUUGAGAGACAUAGUAAUAUUAGUUUCGGAUCUAACAAUAUCUAAGUUGUGAAAUGUGUACAAUACGUUAAAAGCCUGUUCCCAGGUAAACAAGGAAGUCAGUCGAAAAUGAUGACUGGGAUAAACUGUCUGUUAUGAUAAGAAAAUGUGUUGAUAAAUUCUUUAACAGCCUGCAUUGUAACUGGAGCUGAAAAGAAAAAUAAUGAUGAUAUGUUUAGUUCACAAUAUAAAAUGUUAAUAACAGGUAUGCAUGUAUAUAUAAAUUGCCGGUCCAUGCUUUGUGCUAUUUAUCUGUCUAUAGUUCAAAAUUAAUUUUGCUAGGACAAGGUCAAACCUUGAAGAAAAAAAAAUGAACAUCUAUUUCCGACAUCAACUUAAAGAUACUUCUGACCAUCGGCA